AGGGCUCGUUUCCUUUCCAGUUCUCAUCAUUCAGCAUGCUCCGUUAGCAGUGCAGAGGUUAAAGCCUGUGAGGUAAAGCAAUACUAUUUAUAAUCAUCAGCAAUGUACUCUACAUAUUUGAAAGUCUGAUUUCAGCCCUUUAAAGGCUGUCUCAGAGUGGCAACAGAAUUUGGAGAAGCUCAAGUUUUCUCUCAUUAUUGUGAAGCAGAGGACAUUUCUGAAGCCAAACAGCAUUACUGCAGAAUAAAUAUGCUAAGCAUUGCAGGAAGCCAGACGAAGUCUUAAAUGAAAACAUUCACGUUAAUGUUUAACCCCUUUUACUUAUGCGAGAUCUCCACACAAGCGACAGAAUGAAAAAUGCUGUCUGAAUUCUGCUGAAGGACAAUGGGACUCUCUAUUUUUAUUAUGCUGCCGUCUCCUGGCUAAUUUUGUAUAAGACUGAAGAGCACUGCUUGACAGAACACACAAGCAAAAUGGAUGAACCCUUCACCUAACAUACAACUCCACUUUCUGGAAUGCUAAGUGGAAAAGAGGCAUUCUUCCAGCGUGAAAUCCAGUGCUUACCACUGAUGGACCCUUCCCCCAGCCCUGAUAUUUUCUCUAGGAAGUUCUAUACCAAAUGCUUCAAGGAUAAAGACUUCAUGUAAUUGCUGUGGGAUUCAGGACUGCUGCACUCAUUCUUCUGACUUUUCAACAAGAUAAUCUGAACGCUUAAUUAAACUAUGAUGAGAAGACAGUAUCUGGAAAAUAAAAGAUGAACCCACUUGAUGCAACAAAAUCAGGAUUUUUAGUGUGCAUUGCUGUCUGUAUGUUCAUCUACACUUUUAUCUACCUAAAGGAUACGCUGUCUGAAGAGCCAAAUGAGCAAAAAUUUAAUGCAAACAUAGCAGAGUGUGGUUUUUACCCGGAUGAACUUUGUUCAGCUCUUUUUAUGGGGAAAACUGCUGCCUUUAAAAUUGGAAACUUUUGUCAGAAUACCCACCAACCUAAACCACUCAGCUGCAUUCAGACUUCAUGCAACUGCUCCAUGGUUUCGAAGACUCUGCAUUUCAUCACAAGACCACUGUCAGAUGAAGAGGGAAAUUUCUCAUUGGCAUACAUUAUCACAAUUCACAAGGAGCUGGAAAUGUUUGUAAAGCUGCUAAGAGCUAUUUAUAUGCCUCAGAAUAUUUACUGCAUACAUGUUGAUGACAAGUCACCAAAAGAUUAUAAAGCUGCUGUACAAAACAUUGUUAAUUGCUUUGAAAAUAUUUUUAUUUCCUCAAAAAGAGAAAGUGUUGUUUAUGCAGGAUUUUCAAGAUUACAAGCUGAUAUUAAUUGCAUGAGAGAUCUAGUUCAUUCCAAAAUUCAGUGGAAUUAUGUUAUUAAUCUAUGUGGUCAAGAUUAUCCCAUUAAAACAAACAAAGAUAUUAUACAAUACAUCAAAAGUAAAUGGAAUGGUAAAAAUAUGACUCCUGGGGUAGUCCAACCACUUCACAUGAAACACAGGACAGAGGUUAGUUACAGAGAAUAUGUACGUUCUGGAAUGUCAUACGUGUAUCCAACAAAGAAUAUAAAAGCUAAACCUCCACAUAAUUUGACAAUAUAUUUUGGUAGUGCCUAUUACAUACUCACUAAAGAAUUUGUAGAGUUUAUAUUGACUGAUGCCCGUGCAAAAGAUUUGCUUGAAUGGUCAAGAGACACGUACAGUCCGGAUGAACACUACUGGGUCACACUGAAUCGUUUAAAUGAUGCUCCAGGGGCUACACCCAAUGCAGACUGGGAAGGAAACAUACGGGCCAUUAAAUGGAAAGAUCAAGAAGGAACCAUACACAAAGGCUGCAAAGGUCAUUACAUCAGAGACAUUUGUGUCUAUGGACUAGGGGAUUUGCAGUGGAUUAUUGAGUCACCUCAUCUGUUUGCCAACAAAUUUGAGCCUGCAACAUAUCCACUUGUUACGGACUGCCUAGAGAGACGCUACAGGCUUAAAGUACUGCACCAGGCAGAAGUCCCAAUUGAAGAUCACUGGCGUUUUCAGGAAGAGAACUACUUCAACAUGAAGCUGAAUGUUUGAGCUUAACUAACAUCUAAACAAGUGUUCAAAACACUGACAGAAACCAUUAACAUUUUUAGCCAUAGACUUCACUCUGUGCAUUACAGCAUGAGAGUAAGCACAAUACUGUACUACCAGUCUGCUAGUGAAAUAAAGUUUUUAUUUAUUACAGUAAGAUAAAGAGCAACGACUACUGAUGGGUUAAUUCUCAAAGAAAAUGACAUGUCUAAGUCUAUAAUUUACUGAAGACAUGGGGGAAGUUCAUAACCCUUUAAGUGACUUAUUUAACUGGAAAAAUACAUAUUCCUCACGUCUGCAGCCAGAAAAAGGACUAACUGGUAUGAAAAUAAUAAAAUGGAAGCAAUGACUGAACAAAGAUAAAAUAUGAAGAGCACAAGUUAAUUAAAGUUAUGUCUAGUGUA